GUUAAGCACUCCCUCUAAGUGUCCGAGGGUUGUUAAUUUCUGUCUUAGAUUAUGUGUAAUUUUCUAUUUGUGAAAGCAUGUUUCGGAGAAGGAGAUUGUUUAGAUUGUUUUAAUACGUAUAGUCAACAGCUAGAACAUGUUUGAACUUCCAGUGAUCGGUGAAAACUGUCUUCAUUCCUUGGAUCGAUGGAAAAAGCUUGGUUUAACAUGCCUGUAGUAAUCAUUUUCAAAACAUAUUGAUGUAAAUCUUUAUAAUAGAUGAAGAAGAAUUGUUUAUUAUGGUUUCUUUGUGUACCAAUGAGAAAACAUUUGGGAGUAAAUCGAUGUUUGAACCUAAAACAUCAAAAAACUUCAUCUUGGUUAUCAAUUGAAGUUAAUUUUGUACUGUGGUUAGGUUACUAUGGCUAGUCUUGUGGAAGUUGAUAACCUCAGCAAUACUGAACAUAUUACAAAACUUUUCCCAAAGUGUAGACCAAGGGAUAUUAAUUUGAACUCAGUACCUGAUAAUGAAACUUUUAUGAUGGAAACAAAACAAAGGCACAAUAGAGAUUGUGAAGAAGGUGAAAGUACCAGGGAAGAAAGCUCAACUGAAGAAAGUAAUGGUGACGAACCAGGGCUAGAAAGUAAAGUUGUUUUGCAGCUUUCAGCUACUAAGCCAGCUUCUUACAAACUCCGAGAUUCCAGGAAAAUUGAAAUCGCUGGUGGCCGUGAAGUUUUUAGUCAAAGUCGAUGUAAGGCUAUUCGAAAAUCACGUUCUGAUGACAAAAUGAUAACUCGUAAACAAAAGUCUUCCUAUGAAUCUGGAGCUAUUUGGGAACUAAGAAAUAAAAAUUCAGAAUGUAAGAAGAAGGUACCCUGUCGAGAAGUUACUGAAACUAUUUUUUCUGCUGAAGUUCACUCUUUAAGGCAUCAAAAAUCCCUCCAGCCAAAAAAUGGAGGGGGAGCUGUGGUUUUUGAUGAUAUUGAAGAUAGUUGGGCAAAUGAAGCUGUAUCUGAUGAUUCUCCUAGUCCUUCCCGAAAUUGUCAUCCAGGCCCACCUGCACACUAUUUUAAGGUAGCCACAACAGUUUCUGAUGGAGAAUCGCUAUCUCCUGAAUAUGAUGUAAAUGGAAAAGCUCAAAGAGUGAUUGGUGGUCUUCCUAUUGCUGAUUAUGAAGGUUCCCCUAGACGUUACGGCCCUAAGCAACCUCCAAGUGCUGUGACAUUGUUGUCUUCACCAUCAUUUUAUACUCCAAGACCCGGAUUCCCUCAGAGAAUUGUAAGUGAAGGUGAACUGAUAUCUCAAUCAUGUUCACAGUCUCCAUCACGUUCUACUUCUCCUCAUAACACAGAACUUGCAGCCCAGCAUCCUCAGUUUGAUUAUAUGUAUGAAUUUUCUGAAACACGAAAAGUUCUUGAAGAAUUUUUUAAAUCUGGUGAUAAAACAUCACAUUUUCAGGAUCUAGAAUAUGAAUUAAGAAGGCGUGGUAGUUCUGGAAACGCUUAUGUUGGCCUCAGAUUAGCAAAAGCUACUGAGGAUGAGCAAGCUUUUUCUUCUCCUCCUAAGCCGGUUGAAACCAAAGAUCUUCUCAACUUGCAGGUGCUACUAAUGAAGAGGCAAAUCAGUGAAAUUGAGCGUGAAAUAAAUGAAAGGAAUAUCAAGCCAUCUCAAAACAAUAGUUCUAUUGCUUUCACUGAAGAAGAAAAACUGCCUACUCCUUGUCCAAUUUCUCCAGACAUUGAUUUACAUGCUCUGGAUCCUUUAAAUGGAAGUACACCACCUCCUCCAGCUCCUCAAAGUCCUACUACAGUGGUUGGAUUAGGAGAUCCGACUGUUGAAGCUGCAUUGAAAGACAUCAGGCUAACCCUGCAAAGGACCAAAACACUUCCCCUACAUUCUCCUACCCAAGAACCUUCUCCUCCAACAGUGGAAGCAAGUCCUAUUUGGAUUCCAAGAAGACGAUGCACUGCUCCUGGGGUCGUUCAAAGUGGAGAUGAAGAUGAAGCUGAUACUGACUUGGAGACCGACAGGCUACUAGGACAACAGAGAACAGAUGACCAAACAGUAAUCGAUGAUAAACUUGCAUGGCGUAAAAAUAAGAAAAGGAAUGGUAAAAACUCUCCAUCUCCCAGUCAAUCCCAAGAUUCUUCUAAUGAAAUUGUUCCUAAAUCACCAGAAAUUUCUGUAGCUGAAGACAGUUCUCAAAAUAUGAAAAUAAUUAACAAAAAGGAUAAAGAAGGUUCAAAAAAGAAAGGACGAAAUAAAGAAGUGAUGAUUCAUGAACCUGCAGUCCUGAUUGAAGGUGUGCUGUUUCGUGCUCGGUAUUUAGGCUCAACUCAACUUGUUUGUGAAGGUCAACCUACUAAAAGUACUAGAAUGAUGCAAGCAGAAGAAGCAGUUUCAAGGAUAAAGGCUCCUGAAGGUGAAACACAGCCAAGUACUGAAGUGGAUCUAUUCAUAUCAACUGAAAAGAUUAUGGUUUUGAAUACAGACCUCAAGGAAAUUAUGAUGGAUCAUGCUUUAAGAACCAUAUCUUAUAUUGCUGAUAUAGGGGAUCUUGUUGUUUUAAUGGCACGAAGGCGAUAUAUUCCUCAUGAAGUUGAUGAACAACCAAAAAUAAACAGAACACCUAAAAUGAUUUGCCAUGUUUUUGAAAGUGAAGAGGUAGCCUAUAUGGAAUUCCUAAAAGCCAAUGGUAUUGAAGAUCAUAGUUUUGUAAAGGAAAUGGAUUAUCAAGAAGUUUUAAAUUCACAAGAAAUAUUUGGUGAUGAGUUGCAAAUGUUUGCCAAGAAAGAAAUGCAAAAAGAGGUUGUAGUUCCAAAAGCAAAGGGUGAAAUUUUAGGAGUUGUUAUUGUGGAAUCUGGUUGGGGUUCUAUGCUUCCUACUGUUGUGAUUGCUAAUCUUGCUCCAGCAGGUGCAGCCGCCAGUGGCUCUCAGAAACCACCAGGAGUCUUCCCUCAACAGGAACGUAGAGCCAGACCCGCCACCAAGUUUAGCAGGUCUUUCCAACUAUUUCCAACAUCUUUGAAAAGUGCAUGGGGCACUCUCUGCUCCCAGCACAAUGCCUUAUUUCAUCUAGUGUUUUCCCUGACAUCAUCCAAUUCUUGUACUUAA